GUAGCGGGGCCAGAUUGUGAAGUUUGCUGACUUCUGAUGUGAGGAACUUCAUCAGAGCCAAGGUGGAACCUGGCUAGAUUUGCAACCUGAAGCCAUGGACCAGGGGGCCAUGGUGACCUGAGGCCAGUGGACUCUGUCCAGCCCUCCCUUGCUGCUCCUUCUCUCUCCCCUACCCUGUACUAAGAGGACUUGUCUCCACCUCUUCAGGGAACUGAUCCCAUUUUCCUACCCUCUAUCCUCCCGAGACUGUUCCAGGCUGUAGAACUCCUGCCUCCCAUCCCCUGAGGUGGUCCCCAUUCCUCCAUUUCCCCUCGCCAUGCUUCAGCUCUGGAAGGUGUUAUGCCCAGCUCGGCAGCAGGAACUGCACCGCCUCAUACUGCUGCUGAUUGCUUUCAGCUUGGGCUCCAUGGGCUUCCUGGCUUACUACGUGUCUACCAGCCCCAAGGCCAAGGAACCCCUACCCCUGCCCUUAGACUGCAGCAGCAGUGGGGCAGCUGGCCCUGGCCCUGCACAGCCUCCAGUCCCACCUCGGCCUCCCAGGCCUCCAGAAACAGCUCGAACUGAACCCGUGGUACUUGUGUUUGUAGAGAGUGCAUACUCGCAGCUGGGGCAGGAGAUCGUAGCCAUCUUGGAGUCUAGUCGUUUUCCUUAUAGCACUGAGCUAGCACCUGGCCGAGGGGACAUGCCCACAUUGACUGAUCAUACCCGUGGCCGCUAUGUCUUGGUCAUUUAUGAGAACCUGCUCAAGUACGUCAACCUGGAUGCCUGGAGUCGGGAGUUGCUAGACCGGUACUGUGUGGAGUAUGGUGUGGGCAUCAUUGGCUUUUUCCGAGCCCAUGAGCACAGCCUACUGAGUGCCCAGCUCAAGGGCUUUCCUCUUUUUCUACAUUCAAACUUGGGGCUCCGCGACUACCAAGUGAAUCCUUCUGCCCCUCUACUGCAUCUCACGCGCCCCAGCCGCCUAGAACCUGGGCCACUGCCUGGUGAUGACUGGACCAUCUUCCAGUCCAACCACAGCACAUAUGAACCAGUGCUUCUGGCUAACCUGCAGCCAGCUGAGCCCCCUGUGCCAGGACCAGUGCCUCGUCGUGCCCGGCUCCCCACUGUGGUGCAGGACCUGGGACUUCAUGAUGGCAUUCAGCGGGUGCUCUUUGGCCAUGGCCUUUCUUUCUGGCUCCAUAAACUUGUCUUCGUUGAUGCUGUUGCGUACCUCACUGGCAAGCGCCUCUGCCUGGACCUUGACCGCUAUAUCUUGGUAGACAUUGAUGACAUCUUUGUGGGCAAAGAAGGUACCCGCAUGAAGGUGUCUGAUGUUGAGGUCAGUCUUCCCCUCACUUUUUUUUUGGAGACCUGGUGCUUUGUAGCUCACUUAGGCUGGCCUGGAACUCAACACAGUCUUCCUACCUCAGCCUCCCAAGUGCUGGGAUCACAGGCUCUGUUGACCACCCAGAACAAACUCAGGACCUUAGUCCCCAACUUCACCUUCAACCUGGGCUUCUCGGGCAAGUUCUACCAUACUGGGACAGAGGAGGAGGAUGCUGGAGACGACAUGCUGCUGAAACACCGCAAAGAAUUCUGGUGGUUCCCCCACAUGUGGAGCCACAUGCAGCCACACCUAUUCCACAAUCGCUCCGUGCUGGCUGACCAGAUGAGGCUCAACAAACAGUUUGCUUUGGAGCAUGGGAUUCCCACGGAUCUGGGCUAUGCUGUGGCCCCCCACCACUCGGGUGUGUACCCCAUCCACACGCAGCUCUAUGAGGCCUGGAAAUCUGUAUGGGGCAUCCAGGUGACCAGCACUGAGGAAUAUCCCCAUCUCCGCCCUGCUCGCUACCGCCGUGGCUUCAUUCACAAUGACAUCAUGGUGCUGCCCCGGCAGACGUGUGGCCUCUUCACUCAUACAAUCUUCUAUAACGAGUAUCCUGGAGGCUCUCGUGAAUUAGACCGGAGCAUCCGAGGUGGAGAGCUCUUUCUGACGGUGCUGCUUAAUCCGAUCAGCAUCUUUAUGACCCAUCUGUCCAAUUAUGGAAAUGACCGCCUGGGCCUGUAUACCUUUGAGAGCCUAGUGCGCUUCCUUCAGUGCUGGACAAGGCUGCGCCUACAGACCCUCCCUCCUGUUCCUCUUGCACGAAAGUACUUUGAACUCUUCCCUCAGGAGCGAAGCCCCCUUUGGCAGAAUCCCUGUGAUGACAAGAGGCACAAAGAUAUCUGGUCCAAGGAGAAAACCUGUGAUCGGCUCCCCAAGUUCCUCAUUGUGGGACCCCAGAAGACAGGGACCACAGCUAUUCACUUCUUCCUGAGCCUGCACCCAGCUGUGACUAGCAGCUUCCCUAGCCCCAGCACCUUUGAGGAGAUUCAGUUCUUCAAUGGCCCUAAUUACCACAAGGGUAUUGACUGGUACAUGGAUUUCUUUCCUGUUCCUUCCAAUGCCAGCACUGACUUCCUGUUUGAAAAAAGUGCCACUUACUUUGACUCAGAGGUUGUACCACGGCGGGGGUCUGCCCUCCUGCCACGAGCUAAGAUCAUCACUGUGCUCACCAACCCUGCUGACAGGGCCUACUCCUGGUACCAGCACCAGCGAGCUCACGGAGACCCAGUUGCUCUGAACUAUACCUUCUACCAGGUGAUUUCAGCCUCCUCGAAGGCUCCCCUGGUACUUCGCUCCCUGCAGAACCGCUGUCUUGUCCCUGGCUACUAUUCUACCCACCUACAACGCUGGCUGAUGUAUUACCCCUCUGGACAGUUGCUGAUUGUGGAUGGGCAAGAGCUGCGUAACAACCCAGCAGCCUCAAUGGAGAGCAUCCAGAAGUUCCUGGGUAUCACACCCUUUCUGAACUACACACGGACCCUCAGGUUUGAUGAAGAUAAGGGAUUUUGGUGCCAGGGACUUGAAAGUGGUAAGACUCGCUGCCUAGGCAAGAGCAAAGGCCGGAGGUACCCAGAUAUGGAUACUGAGUCCCGCCUCUUCCUUACGGACUUUUUCCGGAACCAUAACUUGGAGCUGUCAAAGCUGCUGAGCCGGCUUGGGCAACCAGUCCCCUCAUGGCUUCGGGAAGAACUGCAGCAUUCCAGUCUGGGCUGAUGUUCCAGCCUUCUAUGCCAGCAUAAUGCCCUAUUUCCCAAAGGAGAAAGCCCAGAGCAGGUCCCACGGGGGAUUAAGAGUGGCCUGCCCUCUUCCCCCUUCUACCUCAGUGGCUGUCAGGCCUGGGAUGGCUGAGAAGGGAAGGGCAUUCCUUUCCCAUAGCUCUGGAGCCUGAUAAAGGGGCUUCCUUGACAGCCCUGUAACAUGGUACUAGGUACCUUUGACUCAUGAACUUAGGAGGUGGGGAGGAGUGCGAGGGUCCAGGCAGGAUGGAGAGGAAUGUAUUAACCCAAUGGUUUCCCUCUUCAUCCCAAGCAGUGUAUCUGUCUAUGGCUAUGGGAGGAACCCCCCUUGCAGUGGCCCCUUUAGUCAGGCAGUGGGAUCUACCUGUGGCCCGGCCUCCCUAAGGUCAUUCACAUUGAAUGGGGAUGAGGUCGGACAGUGGCUCAUAGAGCUAAGUAUGAGCCCUGGCUGUGGGCCAGAAAUGUCCUUAAUAAACAUCCUUAUUUUUC